UCCUUUCUCUCUCUCUCCCUCUCCCUCUUUCUCUCUCUCUGUCUCUCUCGCUCUCUCGUUAUUAUUAGUACUGAUGAGUAUCUGUUUGUGCCUAGUUGAACAAAUAUAGAUACGAAGCUAGAUUUUUGGGGAAAUUUUGAACUCUUUGUUUUUUAAUUUAUUUAUUCAUAUUCAGGAAUUGUUUUGUUUUUUCGUUGUAUGGAUGUUAUAAAUUGUUUGAUGAUGUAUGUAUGUGUAUAUUGACUUGUGUUCAUUUUGGAUUAUAUUUUUGGUCAAUUUUGUGAGGCCUUGUAUUUGUGAGGUAUAAACUUUUGAUCGGAUUAUGUGCUGAAUCAUGAUAUCUAGAGUUUGUAGGCUAAAAUGUUUAGGACCGGGCGUGUAUACGGUGUUGAAAAUAUGUUGAUCAUAGGUGAAUUCGGAUUUUGGUCAAGUUAUAGUAAACUGUUUAAGUAAAUACGAUUUUACUAUGAAAAUUCAAAUAAUUGUAUAAUUCAGAGGUGAAUACUCGAAGGGUAUACAAGAGCAUAGAUACUGUUUGUUGGAGUGACAAUACCCCAAUUGAAGCUAGGAUAAUUGACAUGCUAAAAUCUGUUCAAGAUUGGUGGCUUUUAAGUUUUUCUAUUUAAGGUUGUUAUCUCAAAGUUUUUAUUUCAUCAGGACUCAUAUGGGUAUAUCUAUUUUUUGACAAUACUAGUCUAUUGGUUAUUAAUAAUUUUGUGUAUUUUCUGGUUAUAAUUGCAACAAUAUUUUGUUUGGUAGUUAUUAAUUAAAAUUUGUUUUGUGGACUGGUGGUUGAAUUAUGUUCCAUGGUUUUCUAUGGUCUGUUUGUUUUCCAGUUCCUCAAUAUGGAUUUACCCAAUUUGAGUUCUAGCCAGCUCUUUGAAUUCUCUACUUUUUAUUUUACAAUAAUAUUUUGCAAUGCUUGGAGGUUUAUCACGAUUUCAGAUGAAAUGGUUUGCACAUUGGAGAAUAUUAUCUUUCAUGUCGGUUGGUAUGGCAUUCAGUUUUCAAACUUUUACAAUUUAUGUCAAACAUCUUGCACAAACGUUAUUUUAUUUGAUAAUUUAGAAACAACAUUUAUUUUUGUGUAUUAUUUGGGUCAAGUUGAUGCACGAAUUUGUAUGAUUGAGGUCAAUUUUUAUGACACUUGCCAUGAGUAAGGCUACAUAUAUGAAGAGCUUUGUACACCCUCUUGAUGCAGGAGCCUUGUACAACAUACGCUGCGUCCAAGUUUAGCUGGAAAUAUCUGUUAUAUAAUCUUGACUUGAAUAGAUCUCAAAACUAAUACUCCAUUGUUGUCCCUGUUAUAUAAUUCUGAAUUUAUUAUCCCCGUGUUUAACUUGUAACAUGCUUUGAGAUCGGGUUUCCCAUAGGAAAACUGCUUGGGGCUUCUUCUAUUUGAAAAUGGGGACGUCACAAUAUGCAUUGUACUCUCCCUAGAACCAGUACAAGUAAAUCUGAAGAGGAAGGCAGGAAGAGCAACUUCCAGUCAAGAAAAUUCGUAGAGAAGGAAAAUAUAAAUUCUUCUCCAAAGGACUCUUCUGAACUUUCAGCUGGCUGGCGGACCCAUGAUCGCAGGUGUGCCGUGUAUCUUUUGACUCCGGAACCUGAUGGACAAUGCAAACUUGUUGCAUUACCUCUGGGAUAUGUAUAUCAUGUUAAUCAGCUGGGUUCCACAACACAGUCUACUGCCGUUGAUUGCCCACAGCCUAAAAAUGGUGACACUGGAAACAAAUUUCUUGUUUCGAAGGAAGAGACAUAUAAGAAAAGGAAUUCAGGAAAGAAGAAGAAAAAGAAAGGAAAGCGUAAGAAAAAGCUUGGAAGAGAAAUUGGCAAAACUGGCUCGGAAAAUGUUCCUGAGUUUGGAGCAUCACGAACUGUUGACAGGAAUGACAUUAAUGAUAGGGUUAUCCCACUUGCUUCAGCAACCAAAUUGGCAGAUUUAUCACCAGAGAAGAGUGGGAAUGAAAAUUGUUCUCAAGGAACAAGUGCGAGAGAUUAUCAGAACACAUCUUGUACUAAGGAGACAGGUGUCUCAAAAUCUCUAACACCCUCUUUGGUUCCAAAUUGUAGUAGAGAUCAUCAUAUAUCUGAGUUUGGUAAUGAAAUACAGACUGCUGGAGUACAGGCCAUGCCAUGUGGAGUGAGUAGUUAUCCUGAUGAAUUUUCAGAGAGACCUGUAUUAUGCUCACCCUCACCCUGUUCUAAUUGUCAAAAGCCAAAUUCUGGGUCCCGUUCAACACUUUGUGAUGAGAAAAAUGAUGACAUCAAACUUUCAACAUCACCCGAACACUGUUUAACACCGUGUGAAGAGAAAAAUGAUAACAUCAAGCUUUCACCGUCACCCGAUUGUGUUGUGCGAGAGGAAUGUCCUGGUAAUAGUUUCAAUCAUACUGUAGCCAAUGAUAUUCAAGAUCUGAAGAAAAACUCUUGUAGGCAGCCGUGUCACUCGGAGAUUCCUGAAAAGAGAGUUAAAAAGAUUAAAAGAGGGACCCAAAAUAUAGGUGUAUGUAAUGUUAGUAGUUUUAGGAACUUGCCUCGUCAUGGUCUGAGGGAAACUGUUCAUUCUGUCUGGCAGAAAGUUCAGAAUAGGGAAGGUUGUAAGCAUAACCGUGACCUAGAAAAUGUGAAUGUCGGUUGCUCACAGUUUUAUAAUGAGUCAAAAAAAUCUUCUACACAUGAAAAACACCUAAAUGCUGUUUGCUGCGUUCUAAAGUCAGAUUCAGCAUUAAAAAAGCAAACAAACAGCAAACUUCUUGCCAAGACGAAACGGAAAAACAAUCUCAGAUCAAAGCUAGAGUUCAACAAUCAUUACAGAAAUGGUUGCGUAGAAGUUGGUGGUAACUCAGAUAUGUGUAAAAGUUCCAAUAUGCAACACGAUGAAUUAUUUGCUAUCCCUAAGCAUAUGAAUGGAGAGACCAGACCAGACAUAGAGUCAACAUCUCAUUCAAAAGUGAAAUUUGGGGAAUUGGGGUCAACUUCAAGGAGAGUUGGAUCUACAAGAAUGAGGCGGCCUGAGAGUUUACAAGCUGGUAUUAAUGAAGCGGAACCACUUGAAAGCUGCUAUGCUAGUACUUCAAAUUUGAUUAAUCAUACGCACGAUAGUGGAACCCGAUAUUCUCUGACCUCAUCAAGCUCUUUGAACAUACCAGAACGGCUUGAAAACUUUUCAGAUAUACAGCUUAAUACACAUGUAGAACUCAGAGAUAUCAAAGCAGAUGAAAAUUCUUUUGCACCUUCAUAUCACAGUAAAGACUUUGGCUCUGGACCUGUAUGGCCGAAAUGGGAACCCACAAGAAAUGCAGGUUUUGAGGACUUGAAUGUACAUGGUUCUUUGUCAAUGGUGAAGAUUGACGAAGCAAGUGGUGAAACUAGGAAUCAGAAAAACAUUAUACAAGAUGAUUUGGUUGCCGACUUAUGUAGCUCUCUUUGCGCAGAAAGUUCUGGUUCAGCAUACAGCCAAACUGAUGUUAAGAGUCCCCCUCUGAAAAAUGUGGUCCAAGUUGAGGAUUAUGGGAAUCGGAAUGUGUCCAUUGUUAAAGAAUAUGGUAAAAGUGCAAACUGCUUUACCCCUGGAUCCAGCAACCAGCAAAUUUUGACUCCAGAUAAAACUUCAAGCAAGUUGUGUUCUGCAGUGAUCGAUUCUUACAGGGCACAAGUAGCCUCCGAAGCUAUUCUGUUAGCUACAGGUAUUCCAAUUGCCGAGUUUGAGAAAUUUUUACAUUCUGCUUCUCCGGUGAUCUGUACAUCACUAACUACUGUGAACUGUCAGAAAUGUUCGCAUAAUAUUUUUCAUGCAUUUCUGUGCGAACAUGAGGUGCCAAAUAUCAGUUUGGGUAAAUUGUGGCAGUGGUAUGAGAAACAUGGAAACUAUGGUUUAGAAGUAAAGGUAGAUUGUGAAAAUUCAUGUAGACUGGGUAUUGAUAGCAGAACUUUUCGUGCAUAUUUUGUACCAUACCUGUCUGCCAUUCAGUUGUUCACCAAAAGUAAGGACCUUCGUUGUGGAAGUGGGAUCCCUGCUGCUUCUGCUACGGAAAAAGCUGAGAUGGUUAAAUCAUCAGAAAUAUCUAAUAUCAGUCACCUACUUUCCUUACUUGUUCCUCAGCCGCGGGAAAGUGAAAGCUUGUUGGCACCAGAGGCGCAAUUGUGUUUUAAGCCAUCUUCAGGAUCUUUCAUUGAGGACGUAUCUGUCUCACCAGCUGACAGUGGACGGUCUGAUGAGUUGGAGAUUCUUUUCGAAUAUUUUGAAUCUGAUCAGCCUCAAAGAAGAAGACCCUUAUAUGACAUGAUUAAUGAGCUGGUUAGAGGCAAUGCAUCAUCAAGAGGUAAAGUGCUAGGAGAUGGGGCUAUUUUGAACUCUGUGAGUAUCUGUGAUCUUCACCCUGAGUCAUGGUACUCAGUGGCAUGGUAUCCCAUUUAUAGGAUACCAGAGGGUAAUUUCCGUGCAGCUUUCUUGACCUAUCAUUCACUUGGUCACUUGGUUCAAAGACAGACUGUUUCUGAUUCUGCUUGUAUGGAUGCAUCUGUAGUUAGUCCUGUUGUGGGCCUUCAGAGCUACAAUACUCAGGGAGAAUGUUGGUUCCAGCAAAGGCACUCUAAAGAUGUUGUGAACUCUGAUCCUGCUAGAAUAUUGAAAGAGCGGUUGAGGACUCUAGAGCAAACUGCAUCUCUGAUGGCUAGAGCUGUUAUAGCGAAAGGGAACGAGACCACCGUAAAUAGGCAACCUGACUAUGAGUUCUUUCUUUCUAGACAAUCAUGUUAAAGCAAAGAUAUAGUUGGAGCAACUUCAAACUGACUGUAUAGUGUUUUGCUUCAGUGGUGGAAUGGCAUCUCCUCCACUUAUGCAUAGAUCUUAAGGUUUUCAGUCUUCCUGUUCUGAAAAGUUAGAUUAUAAAAAGAAGUGUAGCUGAUUUGUUCAGUAAACCCAGGAAAGUCCUUUUCAUAGCAUUUAAGUCAGUACUGCAGUUAAUGUAAUGUGUAGAUUCUUUGCUUUAUAGAUGGUGCUUAUAUAAAUCUUACUUGACAUAA